GUCUCCAAAUAGUUAAGUUGUCCGUAUUGGUUGCAACUUUGUUUUGUUUGCUACUAGCUGUCCGUGUUGGUUGCACCCAUAGACUGUAGAAAAUAGGUUGCACUAGUGCCCUAUAUGUGGAUAGGUUGCACCUCGAAAUGGCUACCCCCUGGCUUGCUUUGUUUGCUAGUGUAGCACAGCCUGGGUUGGUUUGUUUUGUUUACUACUAGUUGUCCAUGUUGGUUGCAAAACGAAAUGGCUGUUUUGUUUGUAGUCUAGCACUUGUUAGUUUUGCUUCUUCUAGAAGGGUCAUUCCACCUCAAUUCAACAGAUUUAGAGAACAUUUCUGCUUGACCAUCUCAGAUUUGCGUCAAACUUUUAGCAUCUAAGGAGUAACCAUUUAAACUAAGUUAGCCAAAAUAUUAGCUUAGUAUACCUAAUACAUACAGAGAAAAACAUUUUCUUUCAUUAGAUGAGGGCGAAAUGUGCCAAAAAUCAGAAGGGGGGUAUCAUGUUCAAAAAUGUUUUUCUCUGGAUGUAUUUUGCCCAUAGACUGUAAAAGAUUUUGCCAAGCUAAUAUUUUGCGAGGCGUCCAGCUGCAGCUGCACUGUCAGGCCCAACAGCACCGGAAGACCCCCUGCAAUUUAAAGGACCGGAAGUUACGUUUUUUUCAUGCGUCCACAGUUCCGCGAAGAUGCGUGAGGGUGUAGCAUAACUUAUCUUUUACUGUCUAUGAGAAUAACCUUUCUUUUAGGUCUUUUAGGUCUAACAAGAAGAAUAUAAUCCGCCAUUAAUCAGAAGAAUAAGAAGAGAGUUCUUGAGGAGUGAAGAUGCACAUUUCUAUCCUAUCUUCGGGCACUAAGCCUACAGCUCAAUGCUGUACAUCAUGUUGCAGCAUGUAUCACUGCCCUCUGUGCCUAAAAUUUAAACCCACAAAAUUGUGCAAGCUCCAGAAACACUUGGAGGCACAUAUCAGAGGAGGCAUUUUAUUUAAAGAUAAAGUUAUCUGCAGAUGUGGGCUUGACUGCAGACAUACAGAGCAUUACCACUGCGCUGUAUGCAGUCGAACAAUAUUAAGAAGAGCGGACAUGACGAAACACUUGGAGUCUUGCCAAGGUGCUGUGACUGCCGUCUCUACACAGCAGACUCCUCCUGCAACCCAAGGUGCUGUGACUGCCGUCUCUACACAGCAGACUCCUCCUGCCACCCACCAAGAAACAGCUGCAGUGUCCUCCUCUUCCAGCUCAGCUUCAACAGAGCAAAACAUUACAUCUGCUUCUCCUGUGCUUUUGCUUCAGCAAGACACAGUCUCCCCUUCAGGACAAGAUACAGAUGAGAUGUCCUCUGUUUUACCUGCUGCCACAGAGAAUAGAGGUUUACCAUUAUCCUUACAAAAGAAGAAAUGCCGUCAUUGUAACAUCUUCAAGAAAAACAUGGCCAAACAUAUCCAUAGAGCCCACAGUGGAAAAUCAAAGGACAUAACAGUUGCUGAUCAUUUGAAAAGCAAAGAGCUAAGGAGAAAAUGGGAGAAUCUCCGCACUGUCUACAACCGUUACAAAAAAACAGCUCCUUGUAGAAGCUCAGGUGCACUACAAACAUCGAGGCAGCAGUGGAUCAUCAGCCGCAUGAGUUUCAUUGAACCACACACAAAGAGGAAGGAAAGUCAGUCCAACCUGCCUCGGAAGGAAUUGUGUGUUACUGCUGUACACACCAGUGACCUGACUGAGUCAUCUUCAGCGGAAGACUCGCCCAUGGUCGAGGGAAAUAACAUGGCUGUGAAUGAGAGCUGCAGGCUUUGUGAAAGAAAUUUAAGAGUUGGUGGCGUUCUUACAAAUUGCAAGUUAAUAUUCGACAAAAAGGAGCAGGAUGAUAUUGCAUCCCAGUUGUCAAAGCUCGGCUUGAUAAUCGAGAACACACCGCUUCGUUCAUACCGGGUCUGCCGCAAAUGCUAUACUACUAUCUCGAGGUUACUGCGAGACAACGAAGUUUUACUCAGAUGGAAAGAGAAGGAGACCGCAGUGGCUGCGGAGACCUGUCUGGAGCAAGAUGUCACUGCUUUUGGCUCCACCGACAAAAGAGACCGGGAGACCACCCCACCCAAAACACCAAGAGCAGUGAAGAAGUCCAGAACAUCAGCCGACUUGCCAGUGCCAACAAGAAGCAGUGUGACCGAGUGUUCCAUCAUUGCGAGAUCUGCGACAGAUCAUACCAACUCCGUUACUGUUCAGAUGCCUGACCAAACAACGCUACAACGCUGUGGAAAGCCCUCAGCAGAACGACUGGCUGAUGCUGGUUUGUUCAUGGAGUGUGUGGAGGAGGAAUUGGCACCAUGGCAACAAACACCAGAUAACAAAGAGCCUGAAAGGGUCGAGUCUUUGCAGAGAAUCAGAACUGUAAAGCAAGUUACUAGAAAGCCUGCGGUGGUGACUCGACUCCUUGCACCUGCUCCCGCCCCUGGUCCUGCCCCUGCCCCUGCCCCUGGUCCUGGUCCUGCCCCUGCUCCAGUGGCAUCCACUCACAUGGUGCUCUCAGGCCAGGCUUUAUCUGGCAACAGAGUCAGCAGCAAAGACACUGUGGUGCCAUUGCUCACCAACACACUUACUGGAACGCCUGCAGUGGUGAAUCGUGUCUUUGCCCCUGCCUUUACUCCUGCCCUUGCCCCUGUUCCUGCCCCAGCUUCAGUGGCAUCCACUCACAUGGUGCUCUCAGGCCAGGUUUUAUCUGGCAACAGAGUCAGCAGCAAAGACACUGCGGUGUCAUUGUUCACCAACACAUCAUCUGUCCUGACCCCCAUGGCUUCAGUACCGGUCACAGCUCUGCCUUCAGGUUUCCUGCUGGUACUUCCUGUUACGUCCUCGAACUGACACCUGGGCUAGGUAGUUUUCGUUCUCUGACCAGACGGACUUUCCUGGUCACAAGUGCUGCAGGCAGGGACACGGUUAAAGAUGAAACCGUUGAUGAACAACUGCAAGCGUGGGCAGGAUGGACGCAACUGUGGUACAAUACCCUGGUGCAUUGUGGGAAAGAAGCAGGCCAAGGCAAUGGACUCCGGUCACAAUAGCGCCACCUGAAGACGGAGAAGUACAUCACUGUUGGGAAAACAGACUACUGACACUCCCUUCUGAAAUUCAGAUAAUAAUGUCAAGAAAAUAAAAAGGGAUCUCUAUGAAAGAUGUUUAGAAAGAUAGACGGUGAUGUUCAAUAAAAGAUACAUUUCUUUUCUGAA